GGCCUCAAGAAGAAGAGAAAUCACUACGUGGAAGGUGGUGAUGCCGGAAACCGUGAGAACUUCAUCAAUGAGCUUAUCAGGAGGAUGAAUUAGGAUGUUUUCUUUAUCAAUGUCAAACUUACCUGUGUUUUCAUUAUAUGCCUCCUCCUUGAUUUUGAUCUCCUUUCUCAAGUUAAAACGACAUUUUGAAUCUUCUCUUUUAUUGUC